AAAAAAAAUAAAAUAAAAAAAAUAAAAAGCAAUCAUGAACACAUAAUCUUUCUUUAAGAAUGAAAGAGACUAUCAACUCAAAUAAACAAAGAGCUUCAUUUAUUUCAUUUCUGUCACUAUUUAUGCAGUUCGGUUGGCACACAUUUGAGAUAAAGACGUCAAAAAUAGUCUUGCCAAUCAUCAAAGGUUUUACACUCUGAUUCUGUUCUUUUGCUAUGAUUGAUUCGUUAUGUAUAUUUCUUUGUUUAUCUUCUUGGCUUAUUUUUACUUUUUACUAUUUAAAAAAAAAACAAUAUCAUUCAAUUGGAUAUAAACCGUUUCUUAUCAUCUUCAUAGGAGAUGGUUUCUUCUGUUCCCCUCCUCAUGACAUGGUAUAAUUGAUAAUAAUCGAAUUCCCCUCCCCUCCCCUUCUUUCUUUUGUCAAAAAAAAAAAGCAUCAAACCAUUAUUGUAUUCAAAACAUGAAAAGACUUGCUUUUCACAUGUUUUUGUAUUUACAGUUACUACUACUAAUUCAGAGUCGCGUUUUCAUACUAGUAGUGAAAAAAAAAGAAGAAGGAAAGAAAGAAAGAAAGAAAGUCAAGUUUGAACAAUUAAAAUUGUAGUGCUUCAACACAUCAUAUGUCAAAUUUGUUCGUGAG